AUGAAUAUUCUCCUUUCUCUACGACCACAGCUGAUUUCAAGAUCUCCUUUUGUCAAAAGAUCUUUGAGAAGAUACUCCGGAUUUACAAAGCCUGUAACUUCACAGCUACCGACAAUCUACGCAUUAUCUACACCGGCAAAUCAGACCUCUGCAAUAGCAAUUAUAAGGAUAUCGGGCACUCAUUCCAAAUAUAUUUACAAUCAAUUGGUAAACUCAAAUGAGGCUCCACCCAUAAGGAAGGCCAUUCUGAGGAACAUAUACUCACCGCCCUCCAUCAGUCCAAGACGACCUCAUUGUCAAGAAGCAGCGAAAGUACUACUAGACUCGUCAUUAUUGUUGUAUUUUCAAGCACCACAGUCAUUCACUGGAGAAGACGUACUAGAGUUACACGUGCAUGGUGGGAAAGCUGUUGUGUACGGUAUACUAAAGGCCAUCGAGUCGCUGCACGAUAGAAACAGUGGUAAAGACAUUAGAUUUGCCUUGCCCGGAGAUUUCUCUAGGAGGGCUUUUCAAAAUGGGAAGUUUGACCUCACUCAAUUGGAAGGUAUCAAAGAUCUCAUUGAUUCUGAAACAGAAUCUCAAAGAAGGUCUGCAUUAUCAAGCUUCAAUGGAGAAAAUAAGGUACUGUUUGGAAAUUGGAGAAAGACCAUCAUAGAGAGUAUGGCUCAACUUACUGCAAUUAUCGACUUUGCUGAUGAUAAUAGUCAAGAACUAGAUAAUACAGAUAUGAUUUUUCAUGACGUAGAAAAUAAUAUCAAAUGUUUGCGAGAAGAAAUUGUUACUUUUAUGCAAAAAGUCAGAAAAUCUAUCAUUUUACAGGAUGGAAUUAAGCUUGUAUUACUCGGUGCUCCCAAUGUUGGCAAGUCGUCAUUGGUGAACAGCCUAACCAACGACGACAUAUCAAUUGUUAGUGAUAUACCUGGUACCACCAGGGAUUCUGUGGAUGCAAUAAUCAACAUAAAUGGAUACAAGGUUAUCAUCUGUGAUACCGCAGGGAUAAGAGACAAAAGUGCCGACAAAAUUGAAAUAUUGGGUAUAGAGAGAGCGAGGAAGAAAAGCAUACAAAGCGACUUGUGUUUAUUCAUUGUAGAUCCCACCAAUUUUCCAAAGCUAGUACCGGAAGACAUAUUAGCUCACCUAUCAUCGGAUAGUUUCAGAGAUAAGCGGAUUGUUAUUGUGGUCAACAAGAGUGAUUUGGUUUCAAAUGAUGAGAUCGUUAGGGCUGUGUGUAAGUUACGAACCAAGGUCGGGAUGAAGUACUCCAUAGUGAACGUAUCGUGUAAAACCAAGGAGGGAAUAGAACCUUUAAUCGGCAUCCUAACAGAAAAUUUCAAGCAUUUGUCUCAAUCGAGCGCAGAUUCAAAUCCUGUUAUCGUUUCCAAGAGAGUCAGUGAAAUCCUGAGAAACGACGUCCUUUAUGGUUUGGAAGAGUUUUUGAGUUCCAAAGAUUUCGAUAAUGAUAUCGUUAUGGCUACCGAAAAUCUGAAAUAUGCAUCUGACGGAAUAGCUAAAAUAACUGGACAAGCUGUCGGCAUCGAAGAAAUUUUAGAUUCAGUGUUCAGUAAAUUUUGUAUUGGUAAGUGA